CAAAGUGUUGCAUAGCUGUUACAAAGAAGAUCAAUUAUGAUAUGAUUGACGAUAAGUGUUUUUAUCAGUUUGGGAAAAUGGUUUAAUUGAGAUAAAUUUUGAGCUUAGUGACUCAAUUGAAUUUUAUCUGGUAGCUCAGUGACCGUAGAUGAAAUUUACCUUUAAUUCUAUUUUUUCUACCGCUUCUUCCAUUUCCCUUGAUAUAUCGCCCUGAACUGUGCUUUCUAUUUGCUUUACGUUCGCCGACGCACGAUUUGACUUUAUUCGAGAAACCUCGUAAUCAUUGGCGAUCGAAUUCUCUUUGACGUCAGAAUCGUCGUUCAAGUUCUUCAAUUCAUCAGCCAAUUACAGCAAAGGCUGACUUAGCUUGAAGUUGGGAGAAGCUAAGGCUUCCUGGUGCUUGAGAUUUGCAGAAAAGCAUAUAAUGCAACGUCUAGGAUCAAAGUAUUGUAGGAGGAUAUUAUCUUCUGUUGCAGCUCUGAGUGGAAAUGGUCCUAGUUCUUUUAGAAUUUCGAAACAGUCUUAUACUACCGUCUCAACUUUGCCAAGAAAUUUUAACAAUGUGCAGAAGCCUACAAAUCCUGGUGAAUCCUUGAAGUGGGGUUCGCUUGGUUUCUGCAGGACAUCAAGCUUUGCAACUGGAUUCACACCAUUGCAACGAAAGCCCUUGGAGACGAUUAUUGAUAUAGAGAGGGCAAAGAAUAAAUCGAUCGAAGAACUUGCAGACAUUUGGGAUGAUUAUCACUUGGGAAGAGGCCAUAUUGGUGUAACAAUGAAAGCAACAUUAUACCAUUUAUUGAGUCAAAGAGCUGCAGAUUGCCGCCAUUUUGUGAUUCCAAUGUGGAAAGGAAAUGGUUAUACAACCAUGUUUUUGCAAGUUCAGAUGCCACACAUGCUUUUCACUGGUCUUGAGGAUUACAAGGCAAGAGGAACUCAAGCUGCUCCGUACUUCACUGCUUCAUACUACACAGAAUUUGCAGAGGGCAAGGACUUGGUGCUUAUUCGUGGAGAUAUCGUGUUCACUAGCAAGCUGACCGACUCAGAGGCAAAAUGGCUUCUCGAGACUGCUCAAUCAUUUUACUUAAAUGAUAUCAGGUACAAAAUGGUCGAGCGUUUCAACAAAGAAACCCGUGAAUUUGAGUUCAAGGAUGUUUUGCAGGCAUUAGAUAUGCCUGUUUUGUAGUUUACUAGGCUAUUAUUCUUUUAAUGAUUUAUCAAAAGAUUAUGCCACUUAGAUUAGAUGUGUUUUUAUCCUUGCUUGUCAACCGUAUUGCUUUUGAACUACAUACCGCAACUUUCCGGCACAUUUGUGAUAUAAUUGUUUAGCUUUUAUGGCAACUUGAUUCAAA